AAUUUAGAAUGGAACAACCACAACCACCUUCUGCGAAGAAAGGGAAAACAUUGUUAUCCUUUUUCAGAAAGAGAGAUCGUCAGACUAGUGAAAGUACUUCAAGCGUGCAAAAUCAAUCUAGUGAAUUUAGAUCAAUUGCUUCUAUGCAUCAAUUUCAAUGGUCUUCUUGUAUUGAGUAGGAACCGGGAAAAAGAAAGCAAAUUUGUGAAUAUCCCGUUAAUGCAUGGGAUGAAGAUUUAAUGAAUCCCCACUUGAAUUGUGUGAGAAUGGCAAAAGACUUAAUGAAUCCGUAUCAACAUAUUGAAAGGGUAAUUCAUUCACAAACAAAAGAGGAAUCUCAAAAAAAUCGUUUGCGCCUAAGGGCUUCAGUUAUAGCUGUCCGGUUGCUAGCACUCCAAGGUUGUGCCUUUAGAGGUCAUGGUGAAUCUUUAUCUCAAAUGCUGAAGGCUUUUGCACAAUUGGGUAUAGAAGUUGAUAAAGUUGUAUUAGAUAAUGCUCCGAAAAAAUGCUCAGUACAUUGCUCCAAAUAUUCAAAAAGAUAUUUUACACAUUAUGGCCAACAGAGUACGACAGAUGGUUCGUGAGGAUAUUAGAGACGAAUGUUUUUGUAUUCUUAUAGAUGAAACAAAAGAUAAUAUAACCGAGAGCAAUUGGUUAUUAUUUUGAGGUUUGUGAAUAGUCGUGGUAUUUUGAUAGAACGUUUUUUUGCAAUCAAAAGCGUUAGUAACACUACAUUAUUGAACCUAAAAAAUGAGAUAUCCGAUAUUCUUAUUCGGCACGACCUUCAGUUUAGCAAAAUGAGAGGUCAAGGAUAUGAUGGUGCUAAUGAUAUGCGUGGUACUUGGAAUGAACUUCAAGCAUUAUUUCUUAGAGAUUAUCCAUAUGCAUACUAUGUUCACUGCUUUGCUCACAGGUUAACACUAGCAUUGAUUUCUGCAGCUAAGGAUGUCAGUGUUAUUUGGGAAUUCUUUUCUCAUUUGGAUAAUGUUAUCAAAAUUAUUAAUUAUUCUUCUCAGUGCAUUAGUGAGUUGCAGAGUGCUCAAAGAAAAGAAGUUGAGCAUAUGUUGAGUAUUGGAGAGCAUGAGUCUGGAAGUGGAGCCAAUCAAAUAGGUAAUUUGCAACGCGCUGGAGCAACACGUUGGGGUUCUCAUUAUGAUUCUGUAAAAAGUAUCAUAAACAUGUACUCUGCAACUUGCAAGGUGCUUGAAUAUCUUAAAGUCCAUUGUCCAAAAGCAAGUUCUCGAGCUGAAGUUCGUGGCGCUUACAGGCACUUUGCAUGUUUUGAAUUUGUGUUCAACUUGCUUUUAAUGCAUAGAAUUAUGAGAAUAACUGAUGUUCUUUGUCAAACCCUUCAGAAAAAAUCUCUAGACAUUUUGGUUGCUAUGAGAUAUGUUUCUACUGCAAAACAUAUCCUUCAAGAACUGAGAGAAGAAGGUUGGGAAGAGUUUCUUCAGGAAGUAAAAGGUUUUUGUUCAACACACAACAUUUGCGUACCGAACUUAGAUUCUUCGUAUCUGAUUGGUCGUUGUAGUGAUGAGACUACAUUUGAGCACCAUUAUCACUUCGAUGUUUUCAAUGAAGCAAUAGAUUUCGUAUUGAUGGAAUUAAGUACACGAUUUAAUGAUAAAUCAAUAGAACUCCUUUCUCUCAGUGUGGCUUUGGAUCCUAAAAAUUCAUUUGAAUCAUUCAAUAGUGAUGAUAUUUGUACGCUUGCAAAGAAGUUCUAUCCUGAAGAUUUUAGCAGUCAAGAUAUUCUUGCUUUAGAAUAUGAGUUGCGGUAUUAUGUUCAGGAUGUGAUUCCUGAACAAAAGUUUCAAGUAUCUACACUUGCUGAAUUGUGCCAGGAAUUAAUCGAGAGUGGAAGGUCAGAUACAUACAUUAUGAUAACUAGAUUGAUUCGUCUUGUAUUGACAUUACCUGUUUCUACUGCAACUACUGAGCGGGCAUUUUCAACAAUGAAACUUUUGAAGACGGCACUUCGUAACAAAAUGGAGGAUGAUUUCCUUGCUGAUUGUAUGUCACUCUACAUUGAAAGAGAACUUGCUCUCACAAUAGAUGUAGAUUCUGUUGUAGAUGAAUUUUUUGUUUCAAAAGCUCGUCGAGCACAAGUUUAGUGAAAAUUUGUUGUACUGACUUUUUGGUUACAUAAGAAUUUUAUUACAUUAACUUUUUAAAAUUUCAGCCUCCCCAACAUAGAUUCAUGGAUCUGCCCUUGUGUGUAAUUACUGUUACAAGAAAACAAGUUGAUCAUAGUAGAUUGUCCAAUUUUAUUGGUAAAAUUUGGUUUGCUUAUGUGUUUUUGAUAUCUAAUUUUCCUAUAUAAUCAGAGAGUAUUAGAGUUUAGACGAGCUUAUUAAGUUUAAUUUGUUUCUACCUUUGGAAAUUAAUGAGUUCCAAGAGCUAUACUAUUAUAAUUGGAAUUUAGCAUUGGAUUGUUACAAGAUAGGAUAAGGGCUUAUAAGAUUUUACAAACUAUAAAAAAAGAAUUAUACAUAUAAAUAAAAGUUAUAAAACUGUUCAAAGUAGAGCUAAAAAUGAGCUGAUAUUAUGGAAAAAAAAAAACUAAUUAAUAAAAAACUUAUAAAAAAUAAAAACUUCGUUUCAUAUAGAAGGGAAAAAAACAUAGUGUGGAGAAGAAUAGUGACGUGAUAGAGCAUUUUGCUUGUAAUAGUAAAAAGGAAAAUAUUAAAGAAAAUAAAUAAAGUUGAAUUUACAAACUAUUGAUGAGGCAAAUAAGUGAAAUGAACCUAAAUUAACUCCUUACUACUUUGGAUUGUCACAAUAAUAGCAAGUAAAACAAGAGGAACCGAGACCAUAAUCAACAAUAAUUGUAAGAAUUGAGAGUUUACAAACCAAUAGACAUUUUCAAGAUAAGAAGGUUGUUUUUCUUAUCACACACUUAUGAUGCUUUAUCUUCCUUGCUUGUUAAUGUUUAUCUUGAUAGACAAAGUUCUCUUUCUAUUCAAGACCAUCUUAUAACCUCAUGUUAGAAUAAAAAGUAAUAGUCAAGAUAUUGAAGUUGUAUAGUGUCAAUCAUUUCCAUUUUCUCCAAAUAGCUUCAAACUUGUUGAACUUUGUAUAGUUCUAUACAUGUUUUUAUGACUCUAAUGUCUCAAUAUAUCUUGGUUUUUAUUGAUACAUUGUCAACCAUAGUUUGGGCUUCUAGUCUUCUAUAGCUUAUUCACAUUCAUGGUAUCUUGUUCACCCAUGUGCUAAUUGGAUACUUGUAUUCUCUAAUUUUAACAAUGUUAAAAAAAAAAGGGCUCACAUUUGACAGUAAAGAAAAGUUUCAAGUCUUUAACAUGGAUAAGAAAUUGAAAUCUCAAAUUUCUUCUUUGAGUUCCAUCUAGUUUUAACUGCAUGUCUAAAUAAUAAUAUCUUUUACAUAUCAUGUUUGAUUGUUUGUAUAUUGUAACAUACUCAUGUAUUUAUUCCUGUAAAAGUCAAAGAAUAUUGUAUUGUAUUUUUUCCUUGUAUUUUACUAUAGAAGGCAUACAACGGGUAUAAAUAAGUUAUUUAACUGACCUAAAAAGGUAAAAAUCAACUAUGGAAAACUUAAAGAGUAUAUAAAAGAUCUAUAAAAUAUUCUCAAAAUAUUCUAACUUAGUACCAAAUUUUUGGAGAUAUAUUUUUUGUUUUUUUUAAUGGGGGAGAAGAAGUCUAAGUUAGGGCCUUUUGGACCCACCUCUUUUGAGUAAACUCCCUUGAGACUAGCAAGCAACCUGACCCUAUUAGUCUUUGAAUAAGAACAAAUUGUCCAAGUAGAUUACAGCCUCAAUUUGGCUGGCUGUAGUGCUCAUAAUUUUCUUCUAAAGGCAUCCUUAGGACUUCAAUCUAACGCGAUAUGCUUACACCAUCAGCACACACUUUGCAUGCAUCUUCUCCACUUAACUAACAUGUGGGGUUAAUAUAUCAGUAUCCUAAGAUUAAAUGUUUAAGAAAAUUUAAGGCACGUAUGCAUUAUUGCACUCAAUAUUCAAUACUCAUUGUUGGUGACAUGUAGAUUUCUCUCUGUUCUGCAGUGAGCCAACCAAAGUGCUUUAUUGCUAACUUGACUGGUUUUACUACACUAAGUAUUCCUUCAGAAACAAUGAGGGAGAUUAGAUUUAGGCUCCUUUGAUUGAGAUUUUUUUUUCAAUAUUUAGAGUUGAUGAAUAUGGAUAUUUAGAUGUAGUUGUAGUAAAAGUUGAAGUCAUUGCAGAAGGGUUAAAAUUUUGGAACAGUAGUGAGAUUUGAAGAAUAGAAGACAAGGCUGGGUAAUGGUACAAAGAGAAGCUGAAUGUUUAUUGCUCACAGACUCAACUUUGAUAUGCUUCCACUCCAUAAUGACAAUAUAAGCUCAAAAUAAAUGAGUUCUACUCAAUUUGAAGAUUGAUUAUGUGUCCAUUUUUAUCCUCCGUCAGUGCUAAUUUCAAUCUACCAGAGCUCCUGGAACUAUCAUCUAGAGCUGGAAAAUAUUCUUGUUUCUCCAUCUCUUCUGGUGGCUUAACUCUAACUGAGGACUUGUCUGCUAGAAAUGACCCUGUCAGCUCUUCGUCAGGUUUCAUGCAAUGCAGUUUCUCAGACAGGUGAUGAAGACUAGAAUAAGCUUCAGUGAAAUGUGUCUGAAGGAGGCUGUUCUGGGUUUCAACAUUCUGGUUUAGAUCUUGAAUCCUAUUCAACUUGUCGUCCACUGUCAAAUUGUUUGUGCCAUCAACUAGACCUGACUUUUCGUCUUCCAAGGUCUGAAUUUUUUCUUGAAGACCAUCAGUUUUUCUCCUUAACCCGUGUACAAGAGCAGUCUCAGAUGAAACUGCACUUUCCAGGUUAAUGACCUUAUUUGCAAGGUCAUCAUUCUUCUCUUCCAUUUCUUUCACAGUCAAAAAUUCUUUGGAAUCCACCUCCGAAUGCUCUAUAGUCUUCUCUAUCAACAUGUCCAAUUCUUGGCCCUCAUUGGUGACACUGCCUACUUUUGAGUUCAAGAUUUGUGGUUUUCCUCCCGUGUUUGCAGAUUCAUAUUUGUUAUUUGGAUUUUCUUCAUCAGCUUGUUGAUCUGGAUUAAAUUUGUGCUUGGAGGAGUUCAGUUUUUCCCAAGCAUUCUCAAUCCUUUUGAAAUCUGCCCCUGAACCUUUGGUUGUUUUCUCUUGUUUCUGCUGCCACUGAGCCAAUGUCUCUUGACAUGAUUGCAAAGCUGCUUUUGCCUUUAAAAUCCAAGCUUCAUCAUCCUCAAUGACCUUUCCCUCACUGAAUUCUUCUUGUAAGCUGAACACUCUCUCUUGCAAUUCUGAGAUCCAGUUCUCAAUUUCCCAGUACUUUGCAAGCCCACCUUCAUAAGAGCUCUUCUCAAACUCCUCCUCAGUUUGCAGGAUUAAGAUUUCUUUCUGAAGCUUGUUAAUCUCUUCAACUGUCUCAGACUUGCUUGAACCAGUUUUAGGAGCAAUCUUAUUUGAUGCUUUUGAUGACUUUGCAGCCUCCUGUUUCUUUGAGGAUGUUGUUUGGAGACCAUUCAAAUCUCUCCUGUGAAAACUUGGAACCUUGAGCACAUUACUUGCCAAGGACUUUGGAAUAUUCUUUGAUACUCUAGGAGAACCAUAACCGUCUUCUUCAUCCAUUGCAAACUGGACUCUUUCAGGGAAAACAGUAGCAAUGGUGGUGUUGGCGUGUUGCAAUUCUGUGGAUAUGUGGUCAUAUCGCUCAGCCAAGGCUUGAUAAGCUUGGUGCAUUUUGGACCCUCCAUUUUGAAAACCAAGGCAAAGAAGGAAAAGAAGAAAGGAGAGAAAGCCAGCCAAUCUGCAACCAUCAUUCUAUGGACAGUCAUGGCGCUGUCUGGCUUUGCAAGGGUGGCACUUACAUCUACAAAAUGCUGUAUCUUCCCAUUUGAUGAUAGCUUCACAACCCCUUCUUUAGCCCGCCUUUCAAUAUGCCUUGAAUAAUGCCCACAUAGAUUGGUUGUCCAUGCCAGUAAUUCCAGUUAGCUUUCAAAUGCUCAAUUUAGUGUCACUUCUAAUUUCAUUUUACCUCUCUCUUUUUAACUUUUGAGUUUUGAUUAAUUAACAAUGUAGGAUGAAUAAUUUUAUUUUGAGCCUA